AUGAUGUUCAAUAGGCUUGUCUUAAGUAGGUUUGAUCCCGGUUCCUUCCCUAACAGUUUUAUUUUAAAGAACACGGAGAUUCUUUCAAAUACAUCGCACAUUUUUAACUCUUCAAACAAGAGAUAUUUUACACACUACCGGUUUCAUAAGAGGAUUGGAAAGGGGAACUGGAACAGAUACGUAGAGAGAUAUACAAAACCGGCAUCAAUAGAGAACACACAGCCAAUAUAUUUUAAUUAUAAAGCGUCGUAUCAAUCAACGAAGAAUUCAGUUUCGUAUCUAUGGGAGUUGCCGAAAAGAAUAGCAGCAUCGACGACGUCGAAUCAGUUACUGGAAUCAUGGGUGUAUUAUAGGCACAAGAGGAAGAAACUGUACCACUACGUGAUGGCAUUGAAGAGAUUGAAUGAAAUAAAGCAGAUAGAUAUUUCAGAUUGGAGAUUUAAGCUGAUAAUAAGCAAAGUGGUUAAGAGAGCAAGACAAGAUGUGAAUGUAGACCUCCCAGCAGUGUGUUACUACCUGGGAAAUCUUAAGUGUGUCGAAGCACUUGAAAAGGUAACAUACCACCUGAUAGAGAGGAUGGAGUACUAUUCGCCGCUGCAGCUGGGAAGAAUAGCGUCGGCCUUUUCAUCGUGUAGACUAUUCAACAAGUACCUGUUCUCACUGCUGUCGACGAGGUUCAGGAGUCUGAUAGAGAUAGCGUCAAACAGUUCAAUAAUAUCAGUGACUCAGGCGUUCGCGAACUGCAUGGUGUAUAACUUCAGUUUGUUCAACACAGUGUCUUUUGAGUUCCAGAGAAGAGUGAACAGGGACAUAUUGCACACAAAGGAGAGAAUGGUUAACACGGCACACCUAACAUUUUCAUUCAAGCCACCGAAAGAACCACCAUCGCUGAGCGAAUUAGUGGAACUAGGAGAGUGUUUUGCAACUGCAAAAUACAAGGACCUUGGUUACUUCAAUAUGCUGUCAGCACUGCUAGUGGACCAUGUAAAUCAACCAGACCAAUUUGACCCAGUAAUGAUCGCAAAGGCAAUAUCGGUGUACAGUACACUUAAAAUCAAUGACAUACCACUAAUGGAAGAGGUGUUAAAGAAGGUGCACGCUACGCCUUACAACUUCCCUCCGGCGCACAUGGCAUCUAUGUUAAGGAGCGUGUCGUCUAUGAUUUCAAGAACAUUAAAGAUAUACCACAGUUUGACUGAUGUUGCAAUUUUUGCACACAAUGUCGGACUUAGUAAGCCCGAGUUGUUAAGCUCAGUAGUGGCCAAUUUGAUCAAAAACGCAAGGAAGGAUAGGUCAGAGUACGACGCACCAAAGUUAUUUGAAGUCAUAACCUCUAAAAUUAAGCUGGAUGGUGAGGCGUUUAAUCUGUUCUGCUAUCAAACGAGGAGGCUGCUGAGUAAGCUUGAACCUUGCGAUUUCAUGAGAGCAGCCCGAGUUAUGAGGAGACUCAAGAGGGAGGAUAUGACAGACGUGAAGCUGCUGAAUCUGAUGGCACUCAGGCUGGCCGAAGUGAGUGACGAGUUUAACGCUCGCCAGUACAACUCAGUGAUCACCGACCUAACUCUAUCCGGAAACAUACAGAGAGAAAUCCUCAGGUCAAUGUGGUUAAAAAACACGUUAGUUGGCCGCAAUUCUAAACAAGAUUGUAGGUACCCGAGGGGAUUUAAGCCCACGCUAGAGGGGGUGCAAACAAGCUAA